GAGAUGGAUGUGUCUCUGUGCCCUACCAAGUGCAGUUUCUGGAGGAUUUUCGUAUUGUGGAGCAUUUGGCUAGACUAUUUGGGUUCAGUACUGGCUUGUCCUGCUAAUUGUGUGUGCAGCAAAACUGAAAUCAACUGCAAGAAGCCGGAUGAUGGGAAUAUAUUCCCCCUCUUGGAAGGGCUGGAAUCCGGAUCCACUAAUGGUAGCACCAGUCUCAACAUCACUGACAUCUCCAAGAACAUUAUUUCAAUACACAUUGAAAACUGGAAGGGCUUACACACGUUGAAUGCGGUGGAUAUGGAACUCUACACUGGACUUCAGGAGCUAACGAUCAAGGACUCCGGACUACGAAGCAUACAGCUAAGAGCAUUUGCCAAGAACCCACAACUGCACUACAUAAACCUCUCUGGGAACCGUUUGACAACCUUAUCGUGGCAGCUCUUUCAGAACCUGGAACUUACCGAGUUGAGAAUAGAAAGAAACCAUUUUAACUGCAGUUGUGACAUUCGCUGGAUUCAACUUGGCCAGUGGAAAAAUGAGGCGAACCUGAGAAGCCAGCAGCUGUACUGUAUGAAUGUGGAGGGCAUCGUCAUUCCGCUGCAAGAAAUGAACAUAUCACAGUGUGAUCCUCCUGGGAUCAGCGUCAGCCACAGCAGUCUAAUAGUAAAAGAAGGCGAUAACGCAGUGCUAACCUGUAACGGAUCUGGCUCACCGCUUCCAGACGUCGACUGGAUUGUUACAAAUCUCCAUUCAAUAAACACACAUCAGACCAAUGUCAACUGGAACAGCGUGCAUUCCGUUAACCUGACCCUAGUCAAUGUUUCAGGGGAGGACAAUGGAUUCACUUUGACCUGUAUUGCAGAGAAUGUUGUGGGCAUGACCAAUGCUAGCGUUCCACUCACUGUCUACUACCCACCCCGGAUAUUGAGUUUGAAAGAACCAGUGUCUCGACUUGAACACUGUAUCGAAUUUGUGGUACGUGGGAAUCCUCAGCCGGUUCUUACGUGGUUCCAUAACAACCAAGCCCUCAGAGAAGUGGAUUUCAUCCGUACAGAGUUCUAUGGGCAUGACAAUGUCUCAGAAGGCUGUCUCCUCUUUAAUAAACCUACUCAUUACUACAAUGGAAAUUACACUCUUGUUGCUACUAAUAAGCUAGGAGUUGCUAGGCAAACCGUUUAUGCUCAUUUUCUGGAACAGCCAUUCCCAGAGAAUACUGACUAUUUCUUUUCAGUAGCAGAUACUGGAGUUAGUCCCACACCUCCAAUCAGCGUGACUCAUAAACCAGAGGAGGACACUUUUGGCGUAUCGAUAGCAGUCGGGCUUGCAGCCUUCGCCUGUGUCUUGUUAGUGGUUCUCUUUAUUGUCAUCAACAAAUACGGAAGGCGAUCCAAGUUUGGAAUGAAAGGACCCGUGGCCGUUAUUAGCGGGGAAGAAGAUUCCGCCAGUCCUCUGCAUCACAUAAACCAUGGAAUAACCACCCCAUCAUCGCUAGAUGCCGGACCAGAUACCGUUGUGAUUGGAAUGACGCGGAUCCCGGUUAUUGAAAACCCUCAGUAUUUCCGGCAAGGUCACAACUGUCACAAGCCAGACACAUAUGUUCAUUAUAUUAAGAGGAGAGAUAUUGUCCUGAAGAGAGAACUUGGUGAAGGAGCAUUUGGGAAGGUGUUUUUGGCUGACUGCUAUAACCUAAGUCCCACCAAAGACAAGAUGCUUGUUGCUGUCAAGGCCUUGAAAGAUCCCACAUUGGCGGCUCGUAAAGACUUCCAAAGAGAGGCAGAACUUCUUACAAACCUGCAACAUGACCACAUUGUCAAGUUUUAUGGUGUGUGUGGUGAUGGUGACCCACUGAUCAUGGUAUUUGAGUACAUGAAACAUGGGGAUCUCAAUAAGUUUCUGAGAGCACAUGGACCUGACGCCAUGAUCCUCGUAGAUGGCCAGCCACGUCAGACUAAAGGUGACCUGGGCUUGUCUCAGAUGCUGCACAUUGCUACACAAAUUGCUUCAGGAAUGGUUUAUCUUGCAUCGCAACAUUUUGUUCAUCGAGACCUGGCUACGAGAAACUGCUUAGUGGGGGUGAACCUGCUUGUCAAGAUUGGAGACUUUGGCAUGUCACGUGAUGUCUACAGUACAGACUACUACAGAGUUGGGGGUCAUACGAUGUUGCCAAUUCGAUGGAUGCCUCCUGAGAGUAUUAUGUACAGAAAGUUCACAACAGAUAGCGACGUAUGGAGUUUUGGUGUUAUUCUGUGGGAGAUAUUCACAUAUGGAAAACAACCAUGGUUUCAACUGUCAAAUACCGAGGUAAUUGAAUGCAUCACACAGGGCCGUGUCUUGGAAAGACCCAGAGUGGCUCCGAAGGAAGUUUAUGACAUGAUGUUGGGAUGCUGGCAAAGAGAACCACAGCUGAGACUAAAUAUAAAAGAGAUCUACAAGAUUCUUCAAGCUUUGGGAAAGGCUUCACCCAUCUACUUGGACAUCCUAGGCUAGCAAAGGCCAGUUACAAAAUAUCCAACCCUAUUUACCCUCUUCUUUCCUUCCCUGCUUUUCCCAAAAAAAAAAGUCUUCAUAAGGAAAAAAAAAAAAAAAAAGAAAUAAAAAGACAAACUCAAGUGCCUGCAACAUAUAACAACACGGAGAUAAACCUGUAAAGGCAGCAUUUUUUCUUUAACUAUCUUCCACCAAUACAACCAAUGAGGAAGAAGCUGCCACCGAUUUAAGAUUUGGGAACUUUUGGAAACAUACCACUACAAACGUGGCAAUUGUUUGCUCCUGUUCUCACAGUGUGCAAAUAUCACUACUCGACUAAAUGCAUAAAGACAAUCCAAAACUCCAUGACGGCAUCAAGCCUUAAGAGGAUGCUUAAACAGAUUGGAGCAUAAAGCCUUGUUACAUAAACAAGGGCAGAUUACUGCAACAAGAUGCAUUGUCAGUGACACUGGAAGCAUGGUGACCCCCUUUGUGCACGCAGAGAAGAAUCUGCAAAAUGCAUAGAAUUCUGGAGUGAUGAAGGAAGAACAAAUCAGCCAUUUUUUUGGGUUUUUGUGAAAGAUAUACAUUUAACUACUGCAGUACUUCUAAAUUUACAGACACUUUUAUAAUUUGUUAACUCCUAUAUGUAGAGAAUAUAUGAUUUCUGGAAAUGGAAUUGGCACCUACGGGUAAGAAUAUCUUUGCUUAGGGCAACUAAUUUUUUGGGUUUUUAUUUUUAACGUUUUUGAAAAAAUAUUGUUAUUUUUGAUCAGUCCAAGGGAACACAGUAGACGCUGUGAUGUUUUUCUUCAAUGUUAUAUUUUUGAGCACCAAGUACCUUUAAGCAGUAUUACAAGUCAACAACCUUUAACACAAGUACGCAAAUGUUAUCAGUAUUGUGAAGGCAAAUAUUUAAUAGAAGAUGGAUCAAUUUUUUUAACGUCCUUUCUACUUUUAGUGUUUUAGAUUGGGAUGUCUUGGUUUAAUGUAGUGUGUCUCAGGUCUGAAAUAAAUGGGAAUGUCAUACUUCAGUGAUUUCCCAGUCAUGUUAAAUUAAUAAUUAUCAGAGUAUCCUGAUAAUCUAAGGGACAGAUUUAUUUUCAUAAAUGAAACAACCUAUAAAAAUAAAAGUAAAUGUCUUUAUUAUUUAUGUAAGCAUCCAAGAGGACAUUUUAAUGAGGAAUAUAAUCAUGUCAUAAAAAAUCCCCCAUACUAAGCAAAUCAUUACAAUAUCUAGACAUCUAAUUGAGCUUUGGGACCAUUGCAUCUACAUGAUUAAAUAGUAUAUGUUAAGCCAGGUUUUCAUGCAUUGUUGGUGAUAAUAUUGUUAAUUUAGUCCAAUUUUUGUCUCAUUUAAACCAUUGACUUUGGGCUUUGAAAUGGCUGAUCACACCACUAAGCUUAUGAAAGACGCCUACCAUGUCAGAAAAAUGGACCGACGCAUCUGCCUUUUGAGCAAAGAACGGUUGCAUGUCUGGUAGGGGCUGGUUUUAAGAGAGACAUUUGGAUAUAUGGUCCUUGCUGGAGUUUUCUCAUCCCAAAACAUAUGCAAGAAAAGUGCUCCCAAGUGGAAAGUGUGCAUCUUGAUCUGGAUAACGAAAGAUGUGGAGCAUGAAAGUCUUUAAGUCAAGGGGAAGAACUUAAUGCGUGGUGCAGUGAGCGUUGGAAUUUACCUUUGGAAUUGCCAAGAAUGGCAAGACUAGGAAAAAAAAAACUAUUGGUAAAGGUAUUUGUUGAUAACAUUUUGGCUUAUUUCUACAAUAUUCUUAGCCCAUACUACUACACUUCUUCUUCAUCUUUUUUUUUUUUUAAACUCUCAAUGACACCAUUCAUGCCAAAAA